CGUCAGCAUCCACAUCUAUUUGCCUACUUAUAACCGCUUUCUUUCUGUGCUCGUGUGAAUCAGCAAAUGUCAAACUCCAGAGAAAUGAAACAACUGAGAUGGAAGAAAUGCUCAAUGAUGCUGAAUACGAAAUGUUCGGGGAUGUAAGAAUUGCUGUGGAAAGAAUAAUCAAGAGUUAUGACGAUGCAAUUCGUGAAAAUCGAAAUGCAACUAAUCAGUAUGAAUCAGAAACAAAGGCACAAGUAAGAGUAGUAAGAAAGUUAUUAAAGACCAAGAGACGUUUCAGGAAAUUUAUGAAAUGCCAGGAAAGUUACACCGCUGACCACAGCCUACUAGAUGCUUACAAUUAUUUAUUCGAAGAAAUGAAAAGACUGAAAUAUCAAUACAUAAGCUUUGCAGUGAAUACUGACAAUCAAAUAUAUGAAGCUGAGCACCUCAUUCAUAAGUAUACAAAAAAAGUGAAAGAAACGAGAUACGGUCCAAGAAACAAAGGUUGCAAUGCCUUUCUAACUCCAACUGAAAUUCAAGAUGAAAGUAAGUUACUGUUUGCAUAGUUCAUAAGUACUGAAUAUGCUGCCUAGAAUGAUAUCUAGAAGUCUUCAUUUCCAAUGUUCAUAUCAGAGAUGACCUCAACUACAACAGAAAAAAAUAAGUCAGUACUUAUCACAGGAAUCUCUGGAUUUCUUUCAAAUUUAUAAAAGAAAAUAGUUCAGUUGUGAAGAUCUCUUUCUUGGUUCCUGUAUGAUGCUGACAACCAGAAAUUUAUUCCUUCUCACAGGCCGAUAAAUAAAAACAAUUAUACUCUAUACAAAUGUCAUAAGUCUUG